AUGUUACGGAAAGAAUGCACUGUAAAGGAUAGAUAAGGAAAUCUGUGUCACUUUAUUGUCAGCAGUGUCGCGCCGCCUGACAAGUUAGUCAGUGUGUCGCGUCUAUGGGUGGUAUUAGUGCGCGUUUGUUUCAACUCCCAGCCUGACAGAAUUUUUUUUUUUUUUUUGUGUAACCACGCCUACACAGUGGCUGCCAAGGCUUAUCCAUGAGUUAAACCUUCUUUAGUUGGUAAUGAGGAAGGCGUGGGCUCUAGCAGUGGACACCCGAAGGCAGUAGUGGGUGAAAACAAGCAAAAUAAAGAAAAGUUUGGCUGUGAGAAGGUGCUAGACAGCCAGCCAUAGUGACGAGGGGGCAGGAGGCACCACCACCACCACAGGGAAGUAAGAGAUGGGGAGGAUGAUUUAAAAGGACAUGUUUGCACUGCGCUGUCAGCCCUCACCUGCGCCGCCUCCCCCAGUGCGCGGGUGUAGGCCUGGGAAUAGAGCAUAUGCAGACGUCUUGGCAGUGCUGUGUAUGUCUGUUUGUCGAUGGUCAAGAAGGAACGUAGCAAAAGUUUAAGAUAUAUUUCGCAAUGCAGUACUUCUGAACAGAAGCAACAAUGAGGUAUUGCCAGCUGGUGCUUGGGCCAGCUGGCUCUGGCAAAUCUACCUACUGUGCGGCAAUGCAGAGACAUGCUGAAGUCUCCAAUAGAGUUAUAAGUGUUGUCAAUCUGGACCCUGCAGCAGAAGCGUUUUCUUAUCAGCCUCUUCUGGAUGUCCGAGACUUGAUCCAGCUUGAUGACGUGAUGCAGGAUGAAGACAUGGACUUUGGUCCCAAUGGUGGCCUGGUGUUCUGUAUGGAGUACCUUCUGGAGCCAGAUGGCCUCGACUGGCUGAAGGAACAACUUGGUGACAACGAAGAUGACUGUCUCUUGUUUGACUGUCCAGGUCAGAUAGAACUGUAUACACACAUGGAUGUCAUGAAGAGACUAGUUGAGCAACUUCAGGCUUGGGACUUCCGAGUGUGUGCAACAUUUGUGUUGGAUGCUGGCUACAUGGUAGAUGCUGCAAGGUUCCUCUCAGGCUCCUUGGCUGCCCUGGCCACAAUGGUACAAUUAGAGAUUCCUCACAUUAAUAUUUUAACCAAGAUGGAUCUGUUGAACCGGGCAGCCAGACGACAGCUGGAAAUGUUUCUAGAGCCAGAGAUCCAUGAGCUACUUGCAUCUGAGCACAAUGUGUCAAGAUUUAAUAAAAAAUAUCACAAGCUAACACAUGCACUGGGCAAGGUAUUGGAUGACUUUUCCCUGGUUCGUUACAUACCUCUGAAUAUCAACGAUGAGGAAUCAUUAACAGAUGUUUUGAUUCAGACUGACUUUGCUCUUCAAUAUGGAGAGGAUCUUGAUGUGAAAGGCAAAGAUUUUGAGUAUCCUGAUCCAGAAGACAGAGAAUAAAAUGCUGCAUUUCCUUCUCAGUGGUACUAUUUAAUUGAACUGAUUUACUAGUUUCUUGCCAUGAAAAUACAAACUUUGUAUUCUGUUCAGAUUGUGAUUAUUGGUCUGACUUCAGUAAAACUUACACAGGACAUCACCCUACAUAGUUAUUGCCUUGCAGCAACAUAACAACAAAUAUCACGUAAACUGUCAACAAAUAUUACGUAAACUGUCAUUUGUAUAAAAGCAAUUUUUUUAGAGAUGCUAUGACAAGAAAUAUACUAUCUUAAAUAUCAAGGAUCUAUUUUUUUUUUUUUUUUUUUUCAAGUUCAAUUCUCUGGCAAUUGAUAUGCACAUAGUACUGACACAAGUGGCUUUUCGAGUGGAAACCAGUCCAUUUUAAAUAGCUUCAUGGAUUUACUCACGAGUGAAGCAUGACUAGAUUCUUGUCGACAAGUCAGUCCAAACCAUACGAACUUAAUUAAGUUCAGUUGUGGUGAUGAUAAAGAAAUAAAUAUUUAUACAUACUA